UACUAAACCGACUCAAUUAUUAAGAUAACCGAUCAAUGAUUACGAAACACACACAGUAAACGGGUCAAUGACUCGUAAUGAUAAAAUAACCGGAUCAUCCACCUCUAUACCAAAGCUUUUACACUCUCCCGUGAUUGGUGGUGGAUUGUACAGAAGCGCGUGAUCUUCACUCUCUCUCCUACUUCUUCCUUUUCCAUUAAAUCUUACUCUACUGAAGCUAAGUUCUCUAUCUCCUUCAACAAUGGCAAAACUCAUCAUCCUCCUCUUCUUUAUCAACUUCUCCUUACAAUCUUCCGCCGUUGAAUCUCGCCUCACCACCGACUUCUACUCCAAAUCAUGCCCUAGAUUCCUCGACAUUGUCCGCGACACCAUCACCAACAAACAGAUCACCACCCCAACAACCGCCGCCGCCGCACUCCGCCUCUUCUUCCACGACUGCUUCCCCAACGGCUGCGACGCCUCCGUCCUCGUCUCCUCCACCGCUUUCGCCACCGCAGAACGCGACUCCUCGAUCAACCUCUCUCUCCCCGGAGACGGCUUCGACGUCGUGAUCCGCGCCAAAACCGCACUCGAGCUCGCUUGCCCCAACACCGUCUCUUGCUCCGAUAUCCUCGCCGCCGCCGUCCGCGAUCUCCUCGUCACGGUCGGCGGACCUUACUACGAGAUCUCCCUCGGCCGCCGCGACUCUCGCGUCUCGAGAUCGUCGCUCCUCCUCGCCGAUAGCCUCCCUCUUCCUUCUUCUCCGAUCUCGAAGCUCGUCGAACAGUUCACCUCCAGAGGAUUCUCCGUUCAGGAAAUGGUCGCUUUGAGCGGGGCCCACACCAUCGGAUUCUCGCAUUGCAAAGAGUUCACCAACCGGGUCGCCCGGGUGAACGAAACCGGGUAUAACCCGAGAUUCGCGGACGCUCUAAAGAAAGCUUGUUCGAAUUACCGAAAUGACCCUACGAUCUCUGUCUUCAACGACGUGAUGACUCCGAACAAGUUCGACAACAUGUACUUCCAGAACAUUCCGAAAGGUCUCGGGUUGCUAGAGUCGGAUCAUGGGUUGUAUUCCGAUCCGAGAACCCGGCCUUUCGUUGAGCUAUACGCGAGCGACCAAGCUCGGUUCUUUAAAGACUUCGCAGGAGCCAUGCAGAAGCUUAGCGUCUACGGCGUUUUGACCGGACGGCGAGGAGAGAUCCGGCGAAGGUGUGAUGCAAUCAACUAAGAAGUUCUCACUCUGAACUUAGAGAUUCUUGAUUGUUUGUUUUUUUUUUAAUUUAGUGAUUCUUGAUUGUUUUUUUUUUAAUUUUAAAAUUUGUUGAGAUUGUUAGAAGAUCAGUUUGAGAUUUGGGGGAGAUUUGAUUGUUAAUGGUGCUUCUUAUUAGUGUUUUGGUGAUAUGUCUAUAAUGUAUAAUUUCUUAUUGAUGUGUUUGUUAA